CACUCUCUUCCCGAACGAAAGAAAGAGAACGCGUCAUAUAACAUAUAUAAAAUGGCAAACGAUAUUGAUACUCUCGUUGACAUGGGCUUUUCCCGUGGCAAGGUGUAAGUGCAUUCAAUCAUUGCUUUUGUUCUUUUUGAGUUUUCAAACCGAGGCCACUCUUAAUAUUUCUUUAUUAUAGACAGAAAGCUUGGAGAGCUACCAAUGGCGCAGGGCUUCAACCGGCGAUGGAUUGGUUGUUAGCGAAUCCUAAUGUGUCCGAUGAACCAGAAGAACCGUCAGAGCAUACACUCGGUGAAAAGACAGCACCUGCUAGUGGCAGUGAACAAGCAGCAGGUGGCAGUGCAGCAGGAGCAGGAGAAAGUGAAGAAGGUGAAAUUCAAAAUGGUGAGCAAACGGCUCAAAGUUUGAUUUGUAACGAUUGUCAAAAGCUGUUCCGCGAUGCCGCCACUGCUGAACGACACGCGAUUAAAACAUCCCAUCAAAACUUUUCCGAGAGCACCGAAGUUAUUGCCCCGUUGACUGAAGAAGAAAAGCAGGCAAAGCUGGCUGAGUUGAAGGCACGUCUUGCUGAAAAGCAGGCCAGUAAAGCAAAAGAAGAGGCUGAGGAACGUAGACAGCAGGAAAAGAUUAGAAGAAAGGCCGGCCAGGACAUUUCGGUUGCUAAACAACAAAUGGAGGAAAAGGAGUUGAAGAAGGCAUUUGAUGCAAAGAGACGUGAAAAAGAACUAGAUCGGAUUGCAAAGGCCAAGGUCAAGGCCCAGAUUGACGCUGAUAAAAAGGAACGAGCUGCAAAGAAAGAGGCAGCCAAGCGAGCCAGACAGCAAGAUGCUCAAGAAGAAGCCGCAGCCGCAGCUUCUCAGCCAGCUUCAUCUGCACCUGGUGUAAAACGAUUAUACAAUGAAGCAAGGUUACAGUUCCGGGUUCCUGGUGCAUCACCCAUCACCCACACUUUCCCAGCCGACUCAACCCUCACGCAGGUCAAUGAAUUUUUACAAUCAAACGGCUGCGAUAAACCUUUUACGCUUUCUAUGACAUUCCCUAGGAAAACAUUCGGAGAAGGUGAUUUGGACAAGACAUUGAAGGAUUUGGGUCUGGUCCCAUCUUCUGCGCUUGUGCUUGCAUACACCGCAUAAAAGCUUUUGAUCGGAAGGGGAACAAAAUUUGCAAUAAAUCUCACGUUUACCAACCGUUAUAUCGGAUUUCUUUUCGCUUUGUAUACCAGGGAUGUGCUAUACUAAUC